CACACACACACACACACUCUCUCUCUCUCUCUCUCUCUCAUUUUCCAUUUUUCACCAAAAAAAAAAGAAAAAGAAAAGAAAAAAUAAAAAAAAAUACAAACGUAACGUUACCUUACCUGCUCCGAGCCUCUUCCAUGACACGCUCUGGCCAGAGCUGCAGCUAGCUUCGACACUGAGGUUCGUUCUCCGACCCUGCUCCCGAACCACUGCCAUGGGGUGCUUCUUCGCUUGCUUCAGAGCCCGCGAUACCUCCGCCGCCGCUACCACUGCUACGGUGCCUUCUUCUCGUUCCAGCAAACACAAACCAAACGAUGUUGCGGUCUCUCGAAAUCGGUUAUCCACUUUGUUUCUAUCCGAAGAAGAGAGAGAAGACUCUGUUAUGCGUGAUGAUGGGAAAAGUAUUGAAGUGGGAUCUCUGAAAGGUGACAGUGAGGCCAAGUUUCUCAAAGCUGGUGGUACCUUAGCAAGGACCCCUCUUGAGAAAUCCCACCUUGAUGGUCAACCUUUCAAUCCCUCAACUCCUGUAAAAUGUUGCGAGGAAGGGGGGGAGAGAACUGAUUCCUUGGAGCAAACACCAAGCAGCUGUAUCUCCAAUGCGCAAAGUACUCAAUGUGACACUAUUGAUUCUACGGAAGGAAUUAGGACAGGGAGUCUUCACAGUUUGGACAAGAAUACAGCUUCUGUUUCACCUUGGCCAUCGACCACAUACACUAAGAGGAGGAACAAGUUUGUACGUUUUGAAUGUGGCAGUGAUUUAUCAUCCUGUGAUUCAUCUGAUUAUGGCGGACGACAUAUGAAGAAAACAGAUUCACCAAAUAAUGAGAGUGCAUAUAAACCAUCGCCUAAUCCUACCCCGAUGAAGCUAUCUGACGAGAUGCAAACUCCUGGAAUGGUUUACCCUGCAACAAAAGACUUGCCAAAUGGUAAGCCUCGACUUAAGUCCCAGUUUGUGUAUCCAAUUAACAACCCUGGUGAUGAUGUCUCUCAGAAGAAAUUUGAGGAGAGUGAAUCAGUUGAGCUGUCUCAAAUUACAACUUCAACUCCUGAAAAAGGGUUAAAGAAAAUGUCUUGUGAAAAUGUAUGUAAGGUGGAGGAAAGCUUGUCUUCCUGGUUGAAGCCUGCGGCUGUCAUUCUGGAGGAGAGAAACAAGAGAAUGCAGACCGCUUAUAAUCAGGUCCGCAAAACACCUGCUGAUAGGCCUAUCAUUGGGAUGGUUGCAGCUCACUGGAACGAGGAUGAGGAUUCUCAAGCUCCUCCUCCUAAGUGGUGGGAUGGUAAUGGCAUACCAAAUUCAACCAAUAAGUAUAAAGAAGAUCAGAAAGUGAAAUGGCAUGCAACACCAUUUGAAGAGAGGUUGGAAAAGGCAUUAUCUGAGGAGACUGUCAUCUCUCAAAGGAAGGAUGCAUGUGGAAAAUCAAUUCCUUUUGAUGACAACGAAGAAAGUGAUACUGCACUAUCUCAGCUGCAAUCUUCAACUCAUCCACAGUCAGUGGUGUCAUUCUGACAUAUCUACUGUCCAUCUCUGCUCUUUUGUCUGGUUAAAGAGAUAUUGUGGCAUUUUGUGGAAACUGAAUCCACCUCGUUCAAAAUGCUGAUUGGUUGGAACAAACAGUGGAUUAUUCAAAUUUUGUGGUAAUAUAGAACUAUCAAGCUGUGUGUCACACCGCUUGUGUUGUAUAUAAGUGAUGGGAAUUAUUGCGAAAAUAGUAUGGGCAUUGGGAGUUUAGUAAUGUUUUUCUCCUUUUUUUUUUCCGUUAAAAAUUGAAGUAGUUCAAUGUUGAGAUUUACAUGAACUAAAUUUUUGGAUAUGACCUUUUGGAUCCUGAAUGCAUAUCCUUGGAUCAUGUUAUCUUUCA